GAGAGAGAGAGAGAGAGAGAGAGAGAGAGAGAGAGAGAGAGAGAGAGAGAGAGAGAGCGGCGGGAGGUGGCAGCAACCGGCAACCGACCAGCAGCUCCGGAAAGCAACUAUGUCGAAAUUUCUAUGCAAAUCGACAGAAUUCCUAGGCAAAUCGACAGAAUUCCUAGGCAAAUCGACAGAAUUCCUCAAGGAACAGCUCAAAGCCUCAAAGAUCCUUCCAUCGAAGCCGUCUUCUUCGUCCUCGCAGGCAGACUACCUCCUGCAUGGCAAUUUGGUCAUUGAGAUUUUUGAGGCACGGGGAAUCGCCACCGCAAAUAUCAGAUCUCGAUCCCUGCUCGAUGGGGUCAAGACGACGCUGGACACCUACAUCGGAGGAGCAGGGAAGGAUGUGGAGCUUUAUGCUUACAUCCGUGUCGGGCAGACCGAUGUUGCCCGAACCAGCUUCUCUAGAAACACGUCGGACCCGCAAUGGGAUGAAGUGUUCCAUAUCUAUGUUGCACACUUUGCGUCUGAUGUGACGAUUGAGAUCCGCAACAAGUUAUUUGUCGACCAUGUGGUCCUGGCGCAGGUCAAGCUUCCCGUGCACGACUUGCUGGCUGGGCGUGACUAUAAAGGCUGGUUUGAGAUGAUGGACGGGUCCGGUCAGAAACACCCUAGUGCAAGGAUGAGAUUGAGCAUAGAGUACAGGCCCUUGCUGAAAAGAAGCAUGAGGAAGGAGUGGAUGGCCAGGCUGCUGGGGGGGGAGAAAGAGGUGCAGAAUGCGUUCUUCAAGCAGCGCAGAGGUUGCCGUGUCACUCUCUAUCAGGAUGCGCAUGUGGAAGACGGGCGGUUGCCGGAGAUCCCGCUCUCCGGGUCGCAGGUUUAUCAUCAUGAACGGGCUUGGGAGGAUGUUCAUAAAGCCAUUGUGGAUGCCAAGCAUCUUAUAUACAUCACUGGGUGGUCCGUUUACACUGAUGUCACCUUGAUAAGAGAUGAGAACAGAAUGAUCCAAGGCGCGCAAGAUCUUCGGUUGGGCGAACUGCUGAAGCGCAAGGCGGCGGAGGGUGUUCGCGUGCUGUUGCUUGUUUGGGAUGACCGAACGUCGACUAUUGUGACGGGAGGUGGCGCGAUGAAAACGCAUGAUGAGCAAACCAUGGAAUUCUUCAAGAGCACUCAAGUGCGAUGCGUGCUCGCCACCCGCAACUACGACUUUGGCGUUUUCAAAGGCUCAAAAGCAAUGAUGUUUACACACCACCAAAAGACAAUUGUUGUUGACGCCCCCAUGUUUGACCAACCGACGAGAGGGGGUAAGAAAUGGAAAUGGACACCUGAUGUGGAAGGACACAGAGGGAACAGGAGAUUGGUCGCCUUUGUUGGAGGACUGGACGUGACCGACGGCCGAUUCGACACUCCCGGGCAUUAUCCCUUCUCGACAUUGCGGACAUGGCACAAGGACGACUUCUACCAAGGAAGUGUGGCAGGAUCGCCCUCCCUUGACAAGGGAGGGCCAAGACAGCCAUGGCACGACAUCCACGCAAAAGUCGAAGGGCCGAUUGCAUGGGAUGUCCUAGAGAACUUCCAGCAAAGGUGGCGGAAACAAGCUGCCCUUUACAAUAUAGAUCUCAUUCCAAUUGGUACACCAGGGAGUGCCAUAUUGGGGCCCCAGCCCGUGUCCUCGGACGAAGACCCUGAGACAUGGCAUGUGCAGCUGUUCCGGUCUAUCGAUAACCAGUCAGUGGUUGGGUUGCCUGAGAAUCCUAGAGAGGCGGUGAGGAUGGGUUUGGUGAGCCGGAAGAACGAGGUCAUCGACCGCAGCAUUCAGAAUGCGUACAUCGAGGCAAUCCGGAACGCAGAGCGAUUCAUCUACAUCGAGAACCAGUACUUCAUGGGAAGUUGUCAUAUGUGGGAGGAUUCGCAGUCCGCAGGAUCAUACCACACCAUUCCGGUGGAAAUAGCACUGAAGAUAGCUGCCAAAAUUAGAGAAGGUGAGCCAUUUGGAGCUUACAUCCUUGUGCCUAUGUAUCCGGAGGGAGAUCCGCAUCUCACCCCCUCCUCGCCCCUUCAAGAAAUGCUGCGGUGGCAGUACAACACCAUGAAGAUGAUGUACAAGAUUAUUGCCGAUGCACUUAGGACGGCGGAGCGCUACGAUGAGCAUCCGACAGAUUACCUCAAUUUCUUUUGCGUAGGCGUGAGAGAGACAGUGAAAGGCCCGGAUAUUGAGCUUGCCCCCAAAACCCCAAUAACGGAUGCUGAGCCCAUGUACAAGGAGGCACAGAAGAAUCGACGGAUGAUGAUUUACGUUCAUUCGAAGAUGAUGAUUGUCGACGAUGACUACAUCAUUGUCGGGUCGGCGAACAUCAAUCAGCGUUCGAUGGAUGGUGCCCGCGACACCGAGAUUGCGAUCGGCGCCCUGCAACCGCAUUACCUUUUCCCUGACAAGGAUGCACUGAAGAAGCCGUCGACGAAUAGUGAAGACCCCAAGUUCAAGGUUCCUAAAGGUGCAGUUCACGGUUUCCGAAUGAGUCUGUGGGCGGAGCACUUGGGCUCGGUUGAGAAAGAGUUUUUGUCUCCUUGGAAAGUCAAGUGUGUACGCAAGGUGCAGGAGAUGGCAGAGCGAAACUGGCAGCUGUAUGUGCAAUCGGAGCCGGUGGAUAUGGUGGCGCACUUGAUGCCGUAUCCGUUGGAGGUCGACAAGACCGGAAAGGUCUCCGCCAGGCCCGGAUUCGAGUGCUUCCCCGAUUCGAAGGCCAAAGUCGUUGGGACAACGUUAAUGGCGUUCCCUGACAUCCUGACGACCUGAGUCGAGGAAUGAUGACAAGGCUAACGGACGAAGGGGGGAGGGGGGGGGGGGGGGGUUGUCCCCCCCAAUUUUUUGCCAAGGGGGGUAUUUUUUUUGGAAGGCCUUUUGAUGCUGCGAUGCUGCGGAGAAGUUUGUACCGCCCACUUGUACCCCCCAAUGCCUGCGACCGUCAGUUUUGAAGAAGGGGCUAAGCAAGCCACAUUACCCCCUUUGUCUGGGAGGGAGUUCACGGCGUCUUGUUUCCUUUGCCGUCACACCUUUGUCUGUCAUCUUUGUGGCAUUUUGCACUCGUUUUGACGCUAUUCUUGAUUUAUAAAACUUAUGAGAGUUUUUCUUUUUCAGAGUUUUUCUCAACUAGUUACGUAAAGUGGUGGCUUUGUAGUACUUUGUACAUGCUACAUAGUACGUAUUCAUUUCUUGAGUUUGCAUUCUGUCCCUUUGGGCUGUGUACUAUUCGAGCCUUUGCCCAGGACUGUUGACACCCAUGGACUGCUGAAAGACAGACCCAAGUUCGAAUCCAGUUGCUAUCAGAUGAACGAGUAGCACUUCGCCCAGGCACAGACAGAAUUAAUAUGUUACUGCGGUUUAUUAUUUUUCAAUAAGAUGAACUGAAACACUUUGCCCAGGCACAGACGGUAUUAAUAUGCUACUGCGGUUUAUUAUUUUUAUUAAUUUAAUAAUUAUGUUUGUUACAUUAUUUGUGGGAAAUGACGGAGGGAGGGAAUCUCGUGCACGUAGCCGAGAGAAAUCGGGUGGGGGAGCCAUGCAACCCAGAGGAGGGAGGUGGUUGCCAGUGGCACUGUCUCUUCUGUACACUCUUUUACUCUUUAUCUUUUUCAAAAUUGCCUUUUUCAUACUUCGGCUUCUUUUUCUGUUUAUCGUCAGCCGAUUCCAGUAAAGGGAGUACAUGAAA